AUGGCGCGUGAAAACGGCAAGAAUGCAAUCAGCAGUGAACAUUUUUUUAUCACAGAAAUUAGGAAAUCUGUGGCAAGAAUAGCACAGAGUCUUUGCAACCUUGAAUGUCGGAUGGGUGAAGUUGUUCAAUAAGUUUUAAAUUAAUCUGUACCUGAAGAAACUCAUCAAGUAGAAAACCAAGAUGAUGAAAUCUACGAAGCCACAAGUGUUAAUGGCAAUCAUGAAGCCAGCGUUCAAAGUCUCGAGGGAGAAUGGAAUGAAGUGAGGAACCCAUCAAAGCUGCUUCAAGAGAAUGACACACUUCUUGUGUGUGACUCAAUCAUCAAAGAUAUCAAACCUAGCUUGAAGUCAGCUUCGAAUACGAUUAGAAAGCAAUGCCUCCGUCCGGCAAAGUUGAAGAAUGUACAUCUAAAGUUGAUUUUAAAGCUUACAAAUGUAAGAAGGCUGUUGUUAUUCACCUUGGUAUGAAUAACAUAACUGACGACUCACCACCACUUAAAUGAUGAACAGAUUUGAAGAUGUAUUGCCAAAAUUGGACUCUUAUCAUAUGGAGGUUGACAUUAUCGGUGACCUAAAUUGUAAUGUUGAGGCAACAUCACCAGACUGCAGCACAAAAACUACUAGAUAUCUGUGAUAGUUACCAGUAUAGCCAAUUAAUUGAUCAGCGAACACGUAUAACACAGCCCACAUCAUCUAUUGUUGAUUUGUUUUCAACUAAUCAUCCGUGGAAUCUUUUGGACUCUUGAGUCGCCAAUAUUGGAAUCACUGAUCCCUGUAGGGUGUAUGCAAUAAGGAAGAUUUGUAUCCCCAAAUCAAAUCCAAAGACUAUACAUGAUGCUAGUAUCUUGAUAUUAACCCCAGUACAAAUUGAUGCAUGAACCAUUUAUUGUGUCACCCAAUAAGAGUGGUCACCACUUAUGUUAAUUCAGAAGAUUCUCGUACUGUGCAUUAUUUCAUAAUGUAUUAAACUUUCAACUACUUCAUACAUUUAGUACCUUUACUUCAUGCAAAUGGGUGGUUGUUUAAACGUUUAUUUUAAUAAAAUGUUUGAAAACUGAUUACGAUUACAAGAUCAAAUACAAGGAUGUGGAAAUGACACAACAAAAAUGACUGCCCGCUAAAAGGUGAACGCUUGCAGAAGGAAAUCGUUUACUAAGCCCCUGUUACUAUACUACCGGGGAAAAAACUAAGACAUAUGUAGGUAUUACAGCCAAAGAAUUUAAAGCAAGAUGACGAAACUACCAAAUGUCAUUUACCCAUGAAAACAAAUUUAAUGAUACCAAGCUCAGCAGUACCUCUGGCAACUAAAAAAAAAGAAGGUUGACUUUGAAAUUUCAUGGAAAAUAAUGGUAAGGUCUAGGGCAUACUCAAACCUCACAAAACAUUGCAAUUCAUGUAAUACCGAUAGAAUGUUCAUAAUGUAUCAUCCACAAAUAGCAACUUUAAACAAGCGCAAUGUACUUGCAUCUUAUUGGAGACAUUGAAGAAGUGCAUUCUUAAGUAUAGUUAAUGUACAUUAAGCAGCCAAUUAAGUGCGAAUAUGCAUUUUUACUUAACGAUAUCCUCUGCAUUCUGUCAAAUACCUUAGUGUCUACCCAUCUGACGACCUCUGCUGUCAUAGCUGUAGAAUCACUAGACCGCCUAGCCAAUACCAUGAUAGAGAUUGGACAGGAUCACCUUCUGGACACGAUCUGUUUCGAAAGCAUGACAACCUUGAGUGUAAAUUGUCUUUCUAAAGGAAUAUAGCAACAAGAACAACAACAAUAAUAAGACUUUAUUUAGACACGCUGAAAACUAUAAUUACACAAAGCAAUUUUCACGGGGGCCCUGCUGAAUUAAAAAGAAAAAAAGGAAAGAAAAAGGCAUAAUUAUAAUAUUUAUUACCUAAUACUAAUGAAAGGAUAAAAAUUCAUGCCAAUUUAAAAUAUAUAUAUAUUUACGAACAUAAUUUGAAUACGAUAAAAUGUGAUCAAUAACAGAAUCAUUAGAGUACAAGAGAGGCGCCUCUAUGUAAGAAUGAAUUAUUAUGAACAUCAGGUAUGAGUGAGUAUAAAGAGAAUCAGACUUCUUUGAGAUUGGAGAAGGCCAAACAAGGAAAAACAAAACCAAAUUAGAUCCUAGGGCUGAGAAAGGUAUUUUUGCUGGUUACGACAGAUCUAGCCCUACUUUUCUUGUUUAUUACCCUGAGAAGUUUGACAGUGUUGAUGAAAAUGCGGAUUUACUACCUGAUUCUGUUGAAGCAACAGAACCUGAAAUGCCAAAACCUGAAAAUGGGCAGGAAAGUAUCAGGCGUAACACCACUAGAGAUCGUGCUAAGCCAAAGUAUCUUGAUGACUAUAUAACUGGGGAGGAACUAGACAAUGCAGUUGAUGAUGCUGCAAAUUGCACAGUUGUUUUCUGUUACAGAGUGAGUAAAUGUUAG